AUGAUUUACGACAGAGUCGAGCGUUUCGCGGCAAUUGGUGAUUCGCUGGAUAUUAUCUGCCCUUACUACGAUCCCGACGUGGAUCCUUCGGACACCGAGCAAAGUAUUAUCUACAGGGUAUCCGAACACGACUAUGAUACGUGUGCAUUGUCGUCAUCGGCUCGUGAACUUGGCCGAUGCAUAUCGCCAAACCGACGCGAUAAAGUUAAGGUGUCCUUCCGGCUACUUAGUCCGAACCCUUCGGCGCUGGACUAUCGACCAGGACAAACCUAUUAUUUUAUCUCAACCUCAACUGGGUCGCAGUUUGGCCUCGACAACAAAUAUGGAGGUCUGUGUGCUAGUCAUCAACUGAAGAUGGUCAUACAUGUCACCGACAAGAACGGCGACACCAGCCGGCAUAUACAUCGAGUUCACAAAAAGCCAGCCAUCACCACCACAACGGAAUCUCCUCAGUGGCCUUCCGAUCCACUGUGGGGCGAGUUUUUCGAGAAAGUGAGUCAUUGA